AUGGAUACCGAGGCUUUGCUCAAGAAAGUCGAAUCCACCCUUGAAGCCUCAAGGAAAGACCCGCCGGAACCCGUUGCAAAGCGACCUCGCGGACGUCCCAGGAAGCUGGUUGGCCAAGCCCCGUCGUCCGAGUCCGUGUUGGACACGCAGAAAGUCAUUUCAAACCUCACGUCAGUCUUCAGUCUUUCCGGCGAGCACUCUGAGCCCUCGAAGGCUAUCGCGCCCGUAUCCCCGUCCCGUAUACCGCAAUUCAGUGCUUCUCCUGACAUUAGCUCCGACUCGAACGUCGAGACGACAGAGUCCAGUGGGGACUCUGUCAGGGCUUUGCCGGAGGCAUCGGAAGCAAAGGUGCACGAAAUCCUCCGGCGCGACCACACUCGCGACCCCGAUCGCCGUGAAAAAAGCCUCACCAUAUACCUAUACUAUCGUGGAGUCGAUCGACUGCGCCUAUCUACCCUCCCCCGCGCUGUGUUCAUCCAGGCAGCCAAGAUGGCCGCCGAGCUUGGUCGCCUGGAUACUUUGGAUGAUAUUUCGAGAGACCUAUUGGAAUGGUAUGAAGGAGACAAAGGGAAGGUUGACAAGGAGGCUCGCUGUGAGACCAUAUCCAAAUUCCUUACGAUGUUCUCAGAAGACGGUCUCCUCAAGCAUGCCACUGUUUUGGCGCUGUUCGAUGCCUGGGUAGACGCUGGUCAGCAUGGAGCCCUCUCCCAAAACGCCUUGAACCGUGUCAUGGAAGCGCUCCUUGCUACCCAUCUGAACGUGGCCCAUGCCUAUUCUCCCUACGCUCCCGUUGCGCUACGGUUCAUCGAGCUCCUCAUGAAGCACGCCAGUACGGCUCGCGGAGAUCCAACAUUGACUGAAGGGCCUCAUAAGCGGCAGGUCGCCGUUAAUUAUCAGCCUCCCCUCGCAGUUGAGAAGCUAUUCACGCUUGUCCGGGCUUACAUCACUUUGGAACACCACGAUGUUGCUCUUGAUAUUUUUCAGCGACUUGUCGUCCUGUCUUUCAUACCUAGGAAUGCCAUCCAACACGCUGAGGGGAUAUACGACAAAUCCAAGGAUUUCCGUCUUAUUGUGCUCUCCGCCCUCGUCAAGGCUUGCUUGCAAUGGCAAUGGCGGAUACGCGCCGUCCCCUUCAUGGCGGAUCUGAUACAGUCAUACUCUGUGCUGAAUGAAGAGAUCAGGACGAUUACUGAAGAACUCUUGGAGAAGCUCCUCGAAAAGCCUACAGUUGAUUGUCUCAUAGCAGCCCAGCGACUAGCCUCGCUUUUCAUCACCCGCACGACGCCUGACCUCCCUCUCUCAGACUACUUCGUAUCCAGAAUCUACCUGCAGGCGGGCGAGCUACGGCUGGCGGCCAAGGAUGACGCGACCAAUGACACCGCCGCUGAUGCCGCCGUGGAGAUGUAUGGCGUUACUCAGAGAUCCGGAAACCUAGCAAAGCACGCGUACCCACCCCCGGAUGGACGCGUAGUACGCUGGCUCCUGCGCCAUCUCACGCUCAAGGUUAAGAACAUGGAUUAUGCUCGGAAGCUUGUCCAGCAAAUUGCAGACUCGCCGGAGGACCUUCCUGUUCAUGUCCGUGCUGAUGUGAUAUCCAUAGCGGCGUCCAAUGGGUUCGCCUCUGCUGCGCGGAAACUUUGGGAUCGGUACGCCGAAGAUAUUCUGCCGUCAGGGGAUCUAUCAACCAAAUUUGUCCAGCAACGGCGUAGUUCGGACACAGGGGCUGUUUCUGGAAGCCCACCGGUGGCUGUCCGAAUGGUGAGUUUGUUCGUGAACCUGGCGGACAAAGAGGCAAAGAGGACGAAAGAUCUUAAAAGUCGUCUCCGAGGGUUAAGCGCUGCCCCGUCGUCCUCCGAAUUGCGCCUAGGUGGAUCUGCCCCGAAGACGAACUCUCAGGAUCAGACUUUGGAGCAGAUUAAAUAUCGAGAAUCCCGUCACGAGGAUUUCAAGGCUUUUGCGCAGCACGUCGCUGAGAGCUUCCGUCAGCACUUGGAACCUCUUGAGAAGGCUGAUCAUCUUCAUCUCAACGCCCUUGCUCGCAUUCACUUCCGUCUCGGCCAGAGCGCUGAAGGUUUUGAUAUCUUCAAGAUAAUGAUAAAGCGGCAAGAGAUUCCUGACACAUACGACGUCAACGUGGCUCUCACGAUGCUUGCCAAGCACAACGUCCGAGCUGCUGCCCGAGUCGUGGACGCGAUGGUGAAGAAAGGCCUCCGGCCGGACGGGGUCACCUUUGGGACGGUUAUGAGCGCCGGAAUGGCCGCGGGCGAUUUGGAGCUCGUCGACUGGCUGCUGGGCCUGGCGGCCGAUCUCGAUGUGGGCAUCUCGAUGAAAGGAGUGACCGCGGGUAUACAUGCGAGCGUCACACAAAGCAUGAACUCCGAUCCGCCCGAGCGACUCAGAAGCAACCUCAACGCGGUCAUGAAGAUGAUAAGGGCCAGCAGGCACCAGAGCUAUCUUCCGACGCCCAACACUGGUAAGCUCUGCGUGAAUGCCUCUCUGAAGGCCGAGUCUGCAGAGUUGGCCUUUGAGUUCUGGAGGAUGCUGCUCAGGGGAAGGGCUGAAUGGGAAGACUACCAGCACGUCGGCUUGCGAUUCAGGAUCGCGAACCGAACGCGUCAGGAAGUGGUCCUGGGGCGCAUGACGCAGGGGCGAGCUAAGGAGAUGGUGGAGUUGUUGGGACUGAGCGAGACUCAUAGGGUGGGGACGUGGCGGCCCAAGGCGCCCGAUGUCCUUCCCCAAAGCUGA